UUGCAGUCAGCGAGGAGUCGGUGCCAGAGGGGAUGAGGUAGAGGGAGGGAGGGACAGAGAGCACGGGGGCGGGCGGCCAGCCAGCGCACACUCCUCUCUCAGCUGCCUGGUGGGACGUGGGGAGCCUUCUACAUCCGCCGCCGCCGCUGUCGCUCUUCUGUCUGGAACAGCAGCGAUGAGGAGGAGAUCGCGGGUGCUGCUGUGCUUCGCCUUCCUCUGGCUUCUCGGCAUCGCCUACUACAUGUACUCCGGCACCUCUGUCAGCGGCCGCAAGGAGGAUUGGAAUGAAAUUGAUGGACUUAAAAAAGGGAGUCUACAUGGUAUCAGUGAAGAAGACAAGACACAAAACUUGGAAACUCUACCACCAGGUAAAGUACGAUGGCAAGACUUUGACCAAGAAGCUUAUGUUGGUGUCACUGCAGUACGACCUGGUCAGGAUGCUUACGCUCGUAAUAAAUUCAAUCAAGUGGAAAGUGACAAAUUACAUAUGGAUAGGAGCAUUCCUGAUACAAGGCAUGACCAAUGUCGUAAGAAACAUUGGCUAACUGAUUUACCAUCAACCAGUGUAGUGAUUACCUUCCAUAAUGAGGCCAGGUCUGCCUUACUCCGCACUGUUAUCAGUGUAUUGAAAAAAAGUCCUGUGCACCUUAUAAAAGAAAUUAUACUAGUUGAUGAUUACAGUGACAGUGCUGAUGAUGGUGCCUUACUUGGCAGGAUAGAAAAAGUACGGGUACUCAGGAACUACAGACGAGAAGGUCUUAUGCGUUCACGUGUUAAGGGAGCAGAUGCUGCACAAUCUGAAGUUCUCACGUUCCUUGAUAGCCACUGUGAAUGUAACGAGCAUUGGUUGGAGCCCCUCCUUGAAAGAGUUGCUGAGGACAGAACUAGAGUAGUGUCUCCCAUAAUUGAUGUGAUUAAUAUGGACAACUUCCAGUAUGUUGGAGCAUCAGCAGAUUUAAAAGGAGGAUUUGACUGGAACUUGGUUUUUAAGUGGGAUUAUAUGACACCAGAACAAAGAAGAGCCAGACAAGGAAACCCUGUAGCACCAAUUAAAACACCAAUGAUUGCUGGAGGGCUGUUUGUGAUGGAUAAAUCAUACUUUGAAGAACUGGGAAAGUAUGAUAUGAUGAUGGAUGUUUGGGGAGGUGAAAAUUUAGAGAUUUCAUUCCGCGUGUGGCAGUGUGGUGGAAGUCUGGAAAUAAUCCCCUGCAGUCGGGUGGGCCAUGUGUUUCGCAAGCAGCACCCGUACACAUUCCCUGGUGGCAGUGGCACAGUGUUUGCCAGAAAUACACGGAGAGCUGCAGAGGUUUGGAUGGAUGAAUAUAAGAAUUUCUACUACGCAGCUGUACCUUCUGCUAGAAAUGUUCCCUAUGGAAACAUCCUAAGUCGCACAGAACUGAAAAAGAAACUGGGCUGCAAACCAUUCAAGUGGUAUCUGGAAAACGUUUACCCUGAACUGAGGGUUCCUGACCAUCAAGAUAUAGCGUUUGGAGCUUUACAGCAAGGUACAAACUGCCUUGACACAUUGGGUCAUUUUGCAGAUGGAGUUGUUGGUGUCUAUGAAUGCCAUAAUGCUGGAGGUAACCAGGAAUGGGCUCUAACGAAGGACAAAUCCGUGAAGCACAUGGAUCUUUGCCUUACUGUUGUUGAUAGAGAGCCAGGCUCACUUAUAAAACUUCAAGGUUGCAGAGAAAAUGACAGUAGACAAAAGUGGGAACAAAUAGAGAAUAACUCUAAGCUGAGGCAUGUGGGGAGCAACUUCUGUCUAGACAGUCGGAAUGCCAAAAGUGGUGGCCUAACGGUAGAAGCCUGCAGUCCGUCUUUAUCUCAGCAGUGGAAGUUUUCACUCAAUCUACAACAGUAGAAGUCUGAAGAAAUGGGAUGAAGGGGCACGGUGGGGGGGGGGAAAUGACCAUCAUUUCAUGGACAUCCGUUCUGAAUGCAUUGCAGAUGUAUUUGUUCAACAUUCUGCGGAAUUAUAUACCUCAGUAUUCCAUCUUGGCAUUGGAUUUCAGGAGUACAUUGAAUGUAUGAGGUAGUUGGAGCAAAAUGAACCCAGACAAAAGGGCCUUCUGCAGCUGUCAGUUGUGAUUGCGUAAAAGUAUUGCAUUGUUGCACACAGGCCCUCAAAGACUAUCAAUGACAUGAAAACUUUCUUAGGAAUUUGCAGGAGUCGGAGGUAUAGAUUGACGCUUGGAAAGAUAAAGUGGAGUGGAAGAUCAUAUCUGGCAUUUGUGUGCCCAUUUAUACAUUUUUUUUUAUUUUGUUUAAUUUUCAAUUUUAUAUCCAGAAACUUUUUUUUCUUCCAUGGAGACAAAUGGUCUGAUUUCUGGGCUGGUUGCAUGUGUUUGCAUUCUCCCAUUUCUAUAUUUCACUACAAGAUGUUCUAAAAAUGUUUGUGUACUAUUUGUUUAUCUCUUAUGUUUAUGUCCAGAUCCCUUGAUCUCAACAUACAUGCAGGAUAUGUGUGCAGCUUAUUGAGAGACUGAAUCAAUGCAAUACUUUUCUAUUGUAAAAUCAGGACAGUGGCACUAUUUUUAUGUUCUGUAAAGAGAUUUUAAACUUGCUGGCUGACAUCAUGUUAUGAAAUGAAUGUUAAGAGUACUCGGUUCAGUUGCUGCCGGAAGAUUUGUAUUCCUUCAGUUGAGCUUUGAGUGUAUGUUUGUGCAUUUGAUUGUGUUAGUGAUUUUUUUUUUUUUUUUAAACAGUGAUCUACAUGGACUACAGUUUAAGUGUAUUUUUAAAGUGAGUCUUUGGAGCAAAGUAACAAGUUCAUUGUAAAAGUAAUUUUUUUUUUCCUAUUAGAUUUAGAAAACUAAAUGAUUCCUCUUCUCUCCACUCCAUUAUUCCUUUCUUUCCUUUAGCCAAGAAGAGUCGUCAUGACAUUUCCGAUAGUCUUUGUGAUAACAGAAAGGCAUUUGUAGUACACUUUGGGUCAAAUUAAGCUUGAAAAGUGUUUCCCAGAAAUCUAUAAUUACAAUUAUCUAUGUACAGUAUAUGAAAUGUGAAGUGAUUUGGGUGCAGUCAUUGGCAUUACCAUUGGUGAGCACAGCGAUUAUUCUGUCUCAUCCCAAUAUGAUGUGUGCUGUUAUAAUAUUUUCUAAUUAGGUCAAUGUGAAGAAGAAAGGGGAACUACAGACAAUUAGGGAUUACACACCAUGAUUGCAUUAAGUGCUCCAUUGUUUUUGUGGUAACUUUUUCCAGACUGUUUCUUGUAAAGUGCCUGUUGUUAAAAGCACUUUGGGUGUUGCCAUGAACCAGGUGACAGUUCAUUACCUAUUAGGAUCAACAAGGCAAAUGAUACCCCCGGUGCCUUGCUUCCAAUUGAGUGAUAAUCUCUCAAUUUCUGGAGCAGCCAGUUACAUCUGCUAAAGUUACACCUCCUAAUUAGUCAUCAUUUAGCUAGCGACCGCUUAUAGUAGAUCAGUAGUAGGCAGCCUGUGGUCGUCCACCAUUUAUUGAGCUACAGCUCUCACCAUGCCAGCCCCUGUUACUUUAGUUCAUUAACAACUGGCAUAACACAAGUUACUGAGAAAUGCAGUAUGACACCAUAAUGGAAUCUGAUCAGAUCUACAGUAUGCUGCAAUACUAAGCUAAUCCCUCCAUGUUUUGUGCACGCUAUCUGCAUUUAUUUAAUGGUAUGAUGACAUUUUGUAUGUGACUGCACAUUCAGAAUCAAAAUAUAUUGCAUAAUGGUUUUAUAUGUCAUUUGAUUUAAAAGGCCACUGUGUAAAUACAAGUGCUACAUCUGGUCUCUUUCAUGUAUAAAACAAUUUCCAACACUUUGAAAAGUGUAAACACCCUUAAAGUAACAACACCAAUGAGAUAAAACAGAUUGCAUGACAUUGAACCAACUUGUUUUUUUCCAGUGCAUGUAAAGCUAGUUACACACUAGACUGUCGUCGUAUGCGGCGGAUCGGACCGACAAUUGUCAUGUCGUCUAGUGUGUACCCACUACCACGCGCUCCCGCUGGUCAAUUGACCGGGCAAAUGACAGGAUGCAGGGAAAUGCAGCUGUGAAUGGUAUAUUGCACAGUCAACAGAUAUAUCGUUCAGUGUGUAUGGGAUGGCCGAUGUUUCGUUAUAUUGCCCAUCCUGUCAGCAGUGUACACACUAGUGUGUUCCAGGCUUAAUUCUAUUAUAUAUGCUGUUCGGGCCUCUUUAGAGUUAGGAGCAAAUGGUGCUAAAUGGUGCACAUCUGCACGAUGCAAAGGGUGCAAAAAGAACUGCCUAUUUUUGAAUGUUGCACACAAAGAUGAAGCUUUUUUUACAUUGGGAUUUAGAGUUUUUACAGAGCCUGCUCAAUUCUAAAUCUGAGCUCACAUUUUAAAUUUGUCCUUCCAGCAUCAUGGCAUGGUUUAGCCAUUGCAUAAAAUUGCACUUUUAAGACAGAUUUCCUACUAACUGUAAAUCAGACUGUGUGUAAAUAUAUACAGACAGACAGACAUAUUUACAAUCAUAUAAUACUGGAUAAGUAGAGUAGCAAGUGGUUUCUGUUUCAUAUUUAUUUUCCUGUUGCCAGAGUGAACCACUAGAUUUUGCUUAAACAGCAGAGGGCCUAGAAUCGGGAUGUAGUUAUGUGACCGUGGUCAGGAGACCGCCGGUUACAGUACCUCCCCCUGCAUCCCGAACAUUGACAAUCCCGACAGUCGGCAUGCUGACGAACAGGGACUAUUCCCCGCAAGGCAUUCUGUGGCCAGGAUGCUGACCGCAGGGAUCCCGGCCGCUGGUAAUGCAUACCCAACCCCUAGAAUCCAUGACCACCGCUCUGCACUCACUGCAGGUUUCUUUUGAUAAUUUCUAACCAUUGAACAAAAUAUUCAGCAAUUAAAGUUUGAGAUUUCCGUUAACAGUGUAUUUACAAUUUGGUUUACCAUAACACAAUCUGGGGCAUUGUUACCCUUUAAACUUGCUGUUAUUUACAGUAGCUUGUAUAGAUAUCUUACAACCAGGUGAUGAUGCAAAGUAGUGUUAACCUUGGUGAAUCUUUAAAUGCCAUCUGUUCUCAGUGCUUUGUCCAUGCUACACCCCUAUCAGGAUAUUCACGAUUUUGUAACAGAAAGAGAAUUUCUUUUGAUGUCUAAGUAUGUGCCAAAGUCAUUUGCUGUGAGUUAUAUUUAAAGCAUAUUCUAUUCCCAGUCUAAUGAAGAAAUAAAAAGGAGUCAUGUACAUGAAAGACCCUUCUGCUGUGAGCAGGUAACAAAGGAUCUUUAUUGUAUUGCAUUCUCAUUGUUAUUAUGGAAAUAAUACUGAUGUAAUAACAUUAUUUUUUUUUAUUCAAAGGUAUAGUUUGGUAACUGUUCUCUCUUAAUUUGGUUACAAUAAUUCCAAGGUGUCUGCAGUACAGGGCCUGUACUUGUUCAUUUUAUAAAUGCAAAGCAUCAUUGAAAAUUGUUUAACUUAAAAGAAAAUAAAUACUUUAUAAAUAAA